AUGAACAAAAUACCACUUUUUAUUGAAAUGUCUGAUCAAUAUCCAAUUGUAUAUGAUACUAUCUGGGGACUUUCAUUUAACCUUGAUAUUCAACAACAACUUCGUUUUCAUCCAUCAUUUAUACAUAAGCUAUCUCAACUGGCUAAUGAAUCUGACGACGAACAAAUGCGCAAAAUAACUCAUGGUAUUCUUUGGAAUCUUGAAAUCACACAUCAGGAUAGAUCAAUACCACAAAGUAAUAGUGAAAAUACUUUCCAUAUUAUGAUUAGUUAUUCACAUAAAGAAAAAGUUCUGUGUAAACAGCUUUAUGAUGAACUAACUAAAAAUGGUUAUCGUGUUUGGAUUGAUUUUGAUCAAAUGCAUGGAAAUGUCAUGGAUGCAAUGGCACAAGCUAUUGAUCGAUCAGAAAUUAUUAUUAUUUGUAUGAGUGAACAAUAUCGACAAAGUAAUUUUUGUCGAGCCGAAGCACAUUAUGCAUUUCAACGACAACGUCGAAUAGUUCCAGUUCUUAUGCAAAAACACUAUAAACCAGAUGGAUGGUUAUUAUUUUUGAUUGGUCAACUAUUAUAUGUUGAUUUUACUAAAUAUGAAUUUGUAAGAGCCAUGGAAAUGUUAUCCAAGGAACUUAAAGUUACAGAUGUUACUAAUAUAAGUAUAUCAGCUAUACCUGUUGCACAAGCAAUAAUAGUUAAAGAUCCACCAACAAGAAAUAAACUUUCAUCAAAUAUACUCCAAUGGACAGAAUCAAAUGUGCAAGAUUGGUUGAUUGAACAUAAUCUUCAACAAAUGUCUCGACUUCUUGCAAAUUGUGAUGGACAAAGUUUAGUCUAUUUGAACAAACACAUGAAAUAUGGUGAACCGCAACAAACUUUAAAAUCAUUCUAUGAAGAUUGCAUUCGUCAUUUAGGUGAAAAUUUAUCAUUAAUUGAACUAUCUCGUUUGCAAUCAUUAACUGAUCAACAAAAAAGAUUUGUUCGAUCAUCGUUGUGUACUCAAGGAAGAAAAAACAGACAGUAA